AUGAGUUCAGAUAUUGCUUCAAACCUGUUGAUGCCACCAACUGCUAACAUUGAUAUGUUACAACUGAAAACGGCGGAGAUAUUGGUGUCGAUGUCGGAGGGAUUGGCAUUUAGCUUAAAUCAAAACCACCUCCGCGCACCGCCUAUCUCUCUCUUCCCAGAAUUUACGCCUCUUCAAAACCAGAGCUACACCAACACCCGCAACAGCGAUGGGCUGGAUACGGAGGGGGAACUGCACCGUCGAUUGAAAUUCAAACUUCACCGCACCAAACCCCAUGAAACCGCUGCCAGUAAUCUCAAACACAAGGCGGCCGGAGCCGAACCGUCUUCGCGUCUAGCUGAGAUUCUUCGUGAGCAGAAUCUUGAGGGUAGGAUUCCACUUCGACGAUCUUCGACAGAUCUUGUGGACUCCUCUGUGAUUUUACGGCUAAUGGCACAGCAGCACCGAAACUCUCUUCAUCCUCACGAAACCAGUGCAUUCAGUGUGGUUUCACCCCUUCCGUCUGAAGACGGUGUUUCUCCUAGUUCUACUCCUUCGUCUUCCUAUCACACUGGUCCAGAAGCAGAGGAGGCUUCCUGUUCGAUGGCAAAGCCCUUCAGCUGUCCCUUUGAUCUCCACGUGCUUUCGUUAAAUUCUACGCCACAGAUCCCUUCGGCGUUCACUGAACGCCGCGCUUCUGAUCCCUGUCCCGCUUCUUAUGCCGCUCUACAGAAACAGACGGUCUCGCAGAGUGGUAGAGGCGCUCCUACUGGACGAGUGAAAACACAUCACUGUACAUUCCAAGGCUGUGAUAAGGCAUACUUCAAGAGCUCUCAUCUUAAGGCACACGUCCGAACUCAUACUGGUGAGAAGCCGUACGUCUGUGACUGGGAGGGAUGUGGACGCCAGUUCGCUCGAUCUGACGAACUGUCGAGGCAUAAGCGAGCUCACACUGGAGAACGCAAAUUCACCUGCAGUUUCUGUCCUCGUCGAUUCAGUCGCAGCGACCACCUCAACAAGCACAUGAAACGCCAUCAACUGGAGGUGGUUGCUGCUGCAGCAGGCACUGGUAGCAGCAGUGGUUCUGGUGUUUCAGACGUUGAAAAACAUACUUCUAUCGACCUAUCCCCGUCUUUAAUUCCCCAAGAGGCCGCACCACGAUUCCAUCUCUGGUCCGAUGAAUAG